UAAGUGAUUCUUCCCCACCGCGCUCCAGAGGGCCGCAACAACAAAAACAACCGACAACAAUAAAAGCAGCAGUAGCUCGCCUCGCUUCCGCGGCAUCCGCCCCCAUGACUCCGUGAGUUGUGAGCCGGCCCCACCGUGGCCCAUGCGCUGUACCCGUUUCCCUCCCCGUCCUUCUCAUCCCUCAAGCUGACGCAGAACCCCAGGCACCUCCUCCCUCCCCUCCCUCUCCCCCACCCCCACCCGGUCCCCAGCGACUCGCCGCCGCCGCCCGUCAUGGCGCCCGGCACCGAGACGGUCCACUACAUCCACUUGCACAACUCCAGCCAGUCGGUGCUGGAGGCCUUGCGCACCCAACGUCGCGAGGGCCUCUUCUGCGACGUGACGGUGCGCAUCCACGACGCCUCGUUGCGGGCGCACGCCUGCGUCCUGGCGGCCGGCAGCCCCUUCUUCCAGGACAAGCUGCUCCUAGGCCACUCGGAGAUCUCCGUACCGCCGCUGGUGCCCGCCGAAACGGUCAAGCAGCUGGUGGACUUCAUGUACAGCGGCUCGCUGGUGGUGCUCCAGUCGCAGGCGCUCUGCAUCCUCACCGCCGCCAGCAUCCUGCAGAUCAAGACGGUCAUCGACGAGUGCACGCAGAUUAUCUCGCAGAGGAAGGCGGCGGCGGCGGCCGCCGCGGCGGCGGCCGGCGGGGGGAUGCUGGCCGGCGUCCUCCCCAAGCAAGAGGAACGCGGCGGCGGGAAAGGAAGGGAGAGCGGCGGCAGCUGCUCGGGCGGCGGCGGCGGAGGAUACCCCAACUUCCCCAACUUCAUGGUGGAAUGCGGAGCCAGUAACAUGGGCGGCGAGAGCGGCCCCGGCCCCAGGGUUUCGACACAAGACCCCUGCGGCCCCCUGGAGCAGGCCAACAAUCUGAUGGCGCUGGGGGACAUGGGCCCGGCGUCCCUGUGUGGAAACGGCGAGGCUCUGGGCGGCGGCCUGCUGAAGCAGAGCGCCGGCUGCACGCAGGACGUUCGCUACAAGCUGCGCGACCUGCUGGUGCAGUCGGCGGACAGCGGGGGGCCCGCCCAGGCCGCCGGCCUGUCGGCGAGCUGCGGCUCCGGCGGCGUGGACGGCGCCGGCAGGGACGGUCUCCGCGGCAACGCCGCCGACCUAUCCGACGACCUGGUGGCCAUGGAGCACUUCAGCGAGGAGGAGGACUUGGAAGGCAGGGAGCGCGGCAGGGACGGAGAACGAGACAGGGGGGCCGGACACAGCCGCAAGCAGAGGCAGCCGCUCAGACUGCAGGUGCUGGGAGGCGGAGGCGAGGGCGUGGUGGUGAAGGACGAGGGCGUGCAGGACACCGACGGGACGGCCUUCGCCCUGGAGGACGCCCGGCGGGACGCGGAGCAGGGGGGACCCCAGGGAGCCAUGGCGGGCUUCGGACAGGACUUCUACGAUGAGCAGGGCGUCUUCAGCGAGAGUUUCUGGCCGCCCAGCGAGCCUCCUCAAGCCAUGGCGUAUAAUCCCAGGGGACGGGUCAGCAAGCCUCUGACUCCACCGCCAACCUCGCAGUCCAUCAACAACCAGCUUCUUUUCCAGUACCCGGUGAGCCAAUCGCAGCCGCCGCCGUUCUACAUGGGAGGGAUGGACACCUUGGCGGGCGCGGAGUCACAGGCCCCGCCCCCGGCCCCCAUGACACCGGCGCCGGCGCCGCCCUCCACCGGCCCCGCCUGCUCUUCGGGCCCCUCGCCUUCCUCCCAAGGAUCCGAGACGUCCUUCGACUGCACGCACUGUGGCAAAUCCUUACGUUCCAGGAAGAACUACAGCAAGCACAUGUUCAUCCACUCCGGUCAGAAACCUCACCAGUGCUCCAUCUGCUGGCGCUCCUUCUCCCUGCGCGACUACCUCCUCAAGCACAUGGUGGUGCACACGGGCGUGCGCGCCUUCCAGUGCUCCAUGUGCGGCAAGCGCUUCACGCAGAAGAGCUCGCUCAACGUGCACAUGCGCACGCACCGCGCCGAGCGCACCUUCCAGUGCAACGUGUGCCACCGGGCCUUCACCCACCGCACCUUGCUGGAGCGCCACGCCCUGCAGCACGCUCUUUUGGAACCCGACGCACACCUCGACACAACCGUUAUUUCCUCAUCCUCGCUCUACUGA